AUGGCUCAUUCCACCCCCAUUUUCAUUCUCUCCCUCCUCCUCCUCGCCACCAUCUCCAAUGCUUGCAGGACAUGCAUGCUCCCGUCCCCACCCCCACCAAAGCCGCCGUGCCCUCCGCCUCCCCCCCCACCAAAGCCGCCGUGCCCUCCGCCUCCCGCCGCCGCUUGCCCGAAGGACACAUGGAAGCUCGGAGUGUGCAGGGACCUCCUCGGGGGAGUCAUGGGCGGCAUAAUCGGGACCCCGACGUCCAGCCCAUGCUGUGCAUUGCUUAAGGGCUGGGCUAAUUUGGAAGUGGUCGAGUGCUUGUGCGCUGCCAUUAAGGCCAAUUGGCUUGGAAUGCACUUGAACAUUUCAAUAGCAUGGAGUACCAUCAUUAGCACAUGUGGCACGUCAGUCCCUCCUGGCUACAAGUGUGAAUAG